AUGGCUUUACGGCAGCUGCAGCAAUUGCAGCAAUUACCCUCAAGAUAUGGCCGUUCUAAGUUAAGCCAGUGUGUCAUUCUCCCCCUUCGCCAAUUUUCUCAAACGACAAAAAGCCAUCAACAGAUUGGCCGCGAUAGUCCUGCGUCUGAACAGAAAACCGCCGUCUCCAAGCCUUCUCCUUCAUCGCCUAGGAAGCCUGGCUCCAAGCCUGGGGCAAACCGCUCUGGCGCCAAUCGCUCGAAGCGUGUCAUCGAUGCGCGGUCCUUUGGGGCCACGCAGGCUGAUGCCCAAUCAACAAAGAUUUUCCGUGGCCCCAAAUCUCGCAGUGCCCGGAACGAAUCGUCCCCUCGAGGUCCCCGCACUUUCAAUGCGCUCCCGGUUUCGAAAUCUGUCAAACGGAGCCCCAAAACUAAGGCAGGAAACCGCUCGCGUCCAUCAAGGAAACAGGAAGAGGGGGAAGGAGAGAAUGAAGCGAGGGCAGCACAGAUAGAAAAGGUCUUUCUUGAACAGAAAGAAAAAGAAACGCAGCAGCCUGUGCGAUAUACUCCUCAGCAAAACAUUUUAUCUCAGUUGCAGGAAACGUGGCCUUCCUUGCCUACAGACGAAACCGGUCGCGUGAACAGUGUCGUUGAGAAGCUCUUGUCGCUCAGCGAGCGCUAUCCCAAUGGAUACGUGUCACCUCAGGAAUUAGGAAAACGACUUUUCCACAAACAGAAUGUUCUCUUCAUGAAUGAAGAAGAAAAGAACCAGGCGGUGGACGAAGCCAACAAGCUAGCGCAGCAACGGGCGGAUCGGCUGAGUCAACGGAAAGGUGAACUCGUUGAAGCUGAAGCCAUCUCUUUGGCUCAAAUAUCCGGAGAGUCUGGAAAAGGUCUGCUUGAAAGUUUGGUUGCGGGGAAAUACCCGAAGCAGAGUCAAUUGCAAUCUGAUAGAUCACCCGUUCUUCUUGAAGUGUUGAAGAACCUUGGCAAUAACCAGACAUACAACACUGCCGGCAAGACUUCACAAUUCAUCACCAAGCUUGAAUCUCUUAUUGGUUCCAAACCUUCUUCCAGGAAAACACAAUGA